AUGACGACCUCGGCCCUGCGACGGCAGGUGAAGAACAUCGUGCACAACUACUCGGAGGCGGAGAUAAAGGUGCGCGAGGCCACCUCCAACGACCCCUGGGGGCCCUCCAGCUCGCUGAUGUCGGAGAUCUCCGACCUGACCUUCAAUGUGGUGGCCUUCACUGAGGUCAUGGGCAUGAUCUGGAAGCGGCUCAACGACCACGGCAAGAACUGGCGGCACGUCUACAAGGCGCUGACGCUGCUGGACUACCUGAUCAAGACGGGCUCGGAGCGGGUGGCGCAGCAGUGCCGGGAGAACGUCUUCACCAUCCAGACGCUGCGCGACUUCCAGUACGUGGACCGCGACGGCAAGGACCAGGGCGUCAACGUGCGGGAGAAGGCCAAGCAGCUGGUGAGCCUGAUGCGGGACGAGGAGAGGCUGAAGCAGGAGCGGGCCCAGGCACUCAAGACCAAGGAGCGCAUGGCCGGGCUGGCCACGGGGAUGGGCUCUGGCUCUGGCUCCGGCUCCGGCUCCGGCUCCGGCUCCGGUGGCCUGCCGCCCCCCUACCCCGGCCGCCGCACCAGCCAGCCCAGCAUGGCCGCCCUGUACGGGGAGGAGUUCAGCCGCUCGCGGGGGUCGCCCUCCUCCUUCAACUCCUCCUCUUCCUCUCCUCGUAUCCCCUCUGAUCUGGAGCAGGCUCGGCCACAGACCAGCGGGGAGGAGGAGCUACAGCUGCAGCUGGCACUGGCCAUGAGCCGCGAGGAGAGCGAGAAGCCUCCCCCUCCUGUGGAAAUCGAUGAGCAGACCCAGCUCGAGAUCGCCCUCUGUCUCAGCAAGGAGCAACAGCAGCAGCCAGCUCCACCCCCACCUGUCGCCUUGGAGAUGGAUGAGGACAUGCAGCUCCAGAUAGCCCUGAGUCUCAGCAAAGAGGAGCACGAGCAGGAGCAGCGCAAUCGCCAAGGGGACGAAUCCCUUCUUCAGAAAGCCCUGGAGGAGAGCAGGAGGGAGAGUGAAUCUGGAGCAGGGGAGUCUGCCAUGAUGGACCUGGUUGAUAUUUUCGGACCUGUCUCGGCUGCACCCCCUUGUGAUGACCCCUGGGAUGCCCAGCCAGCUGGCCUGACAGCCUCUGACCCCUGGGACUCUGUGGCGGGAGCCCGCUCCACGACUCCGGUGAUUGGCAGUCCAUGGACAGCACCGCCAGUGUCCAGCAGCCCCGCCCAGCCCUGGGGCCUUGGACACACCGCCCCGGACCCCUGGGAGGCUCCGCCCAGCGCCCCCAGCCCCAAUCCUGCCAGCCAGGCCUGGAGCUCCCCCGCCCACCCCGGUGUUCCUGGGAUAGAUCCAUUCUCUCUCCCUGCUGAGAACACCAAGGAGCUCGAAGUCACGCCCAGAGUCUUAACCCCCCGCUCCAGAAGCCCCCCAGAUGCGGACCCGUUCGGGGAGCGCGUGGUGGAGGGCGGCCAGGUGAACGGCCGGCGGGAGGGCAGCCCAGAGCUCUUCGACCUGUCCCGCCUCGGGGAGACCCUGCGGGUGCCCAGCCCCCGGGCAUGUCGGACACCCGAAGCCUUCCUGGGACCCACGGCCGCCUCCCUGGUCAACCUGGACACGCUGAUCCCCCCCAACCCCCCCGUCAAGAACAAGAACCCCUUCCUCUCAGGACUCAGCGCCCCUUCGCCCACCAACCCCUUCCACACCGACCAGCCUCGCCUCACCCUAAAUCAGAUGCGGCCCAGCUCCACCUCGCCCCUGCCCCCGUCGGUGCUCCCCUACAGCGCCUCGCUCCCCCUGCCCCUCAGCCACCAGCCCUCCACCCUGCCCUCCUCCUUCACCCAGCCGCCCACCUUCCCCCCAUCCCACGGGCUGCUGGACCUGCCCAGCAACCUACCCCAGCCCCUGCUGCCACUGUCCCCCGCCCCCCCGCCAGGGCCCCUGGGGGACCCGCACAGUCAGAACCCCUUCUUGUGAGGUGCCCCCACCCCCACCCCCUUUCGGGGACUGCUGAGAACGCCGGUUCCCACUCUGUUCUGGAGAUCACUGACCUCUGACCGCAGGCUGAAGCUGAAGCUGGAGUUUGAGCUAGAGCUGGAGCGGAUGUCACCACACCCUGCCUGAGCUGAAACCCUACUUUACCUGUUUUUAAGAUGAGUUUCUGAUUUCCUCUCAGCUCUUGGACUGAUAAUCCCUCCCGACUGUCGCUCUUGCGACAGUG